CUAGGUGAGUACUUGUACAUAUUAUUCUUUUAUUUGUUCGUAAUUAUCUUUAUAUUAUGCUUUUUAUCUUAAUUAUUUCAUAAAAUUGCAUUUUUGUGGGAAUUGCUGCUUUAAACUCAUAAAUGUAAACUAUUUUUUUUCAAUGUAUUCGUUAGAUCGGUGGUAUUUUUUUUCAAUGAUCUAUGAACUAUUGUGUAAAUAAUUGUUAUGUUAGGACAAGGAAUUAAAUGUUUAUCGUUCUACUUAUACCUUGCCUUGUUGCUCUUGAAGCUGGCUUCCAUACAGAGCUGAAGGCCUUCUCCUUCUGUUCCUCUCGCUAUAUUUUAUUAUUGAGCAGUCAGUACCGGUGCUUUCCGCAUAUAUUUUCACAAAUUAAGACUGGUGAAAAAUGGCUAUCGAAAGUGUUGGUGGAUCCAUUGUAUCUAAGAUAGCAGAACUCUUGGUGGAACCAACAAUAAGGCAGUUCCGUUACAUGUUCUGUUUCAACAAUUUUGUUCAAGAAUUCGAUGAACAAAUGAUGAACCUGGCUUUGGCAUUUUAUCCUCUGCAAGAUGCUGUCGAUGUUGCUAAAAGGAAUGCUGAAGAAAUUGAGAUUAAUGUCAACACAUGGCUGGAAAAAGCAAAAAACGAAAUUGAAGGUGUGAAUCAUUUGCAAAAUGAAAAGGGAAAAAUUGGCAAAUGCUUUACUUGGUGUCCAAAUCCGACGCGACAAUUGAAGUUAAGCAAGGCACUGGCAAAGAAGACGGAGACUUUGAGAAAACUUGAAGCAAACAGUAAGUUUCCAAAAGUGUCCUACAAACCACCUCUUCAAGGCAUAGAAUUUCUUCCAUCGGAGGAAUUGACGCCUUCAGAAUCGUCAAAAGCAGCUUUCGAACAGAUUAUGAAAGCUCUCAAAGAUGACAAUGUCAAUAUGAUCGGACUGUACGGCAUGGGAGGGGUGGGUAAAACCACUCUAGUGAAAGAAGUAGGAAGGAGAGCCAAAGAGUCGAAGCUGUUUGAUGAAGUUUUGAUGGCUACACUGUCCCAGAAUCCAAAUGUCAUAGACAUUCAGGAUCGAAUGGCAGAUAGUUUAGGUCUGCAUUUUGGCGAAAAGACUAAAGAAGGGAGAGCAGAUCGAUUAUGGCAGAGACUGAAGACAGAGAAGAAGAUGCUUAUAAUCCUGGAUGAUGUUUGGAAAGUUCUUAACUUGAAAGAGAUAGGGAUCCCAUUUGGUGAUGCUCACAGGGGUUGUAAAAUUCUUCUAACAACACGUCUUGAAAACAUAUGUUCUUCUAUGAAGUGCCAGCCAAAAGUGUUCUUAAGUCUCUUAUCAGAAAAUGAAGCAUGGGGUUUAUUCAAAAUCAAUGCAGGUUUACAUGAUGAGGACUCUACCUUGAACACAGUGGCGAAGGAGGUUGCGAGAGAAUGUAAAGGAUUGCCUAUAGCACUUGUGACAGUGGGAAGGGCUUUAAGAGAUAAAUCUGCUGUUGAGUGGGAAGUAGCGUCUAAAGAGCUCAAAAACUCUCAAUUUCGGCACAUGGAUGAACUUGAUGAACAAGAAAAUGCAUAUGCAUGUCUUAAGUUGAGCUAUGAUUAUUUGAAGCACGAGAAAGCCAAGUUAUGUUUCUUGCUAUGCUGUUUAUUUCCAGAAGAUUACGACAUUCCAAUCGAGGAGUUGACGAGAUAUGCAGUUGCCUAUGGGUUACAUCAAGAUGUGGAGUCCAUUGAAGAUGCAAGGAAACGAGUUUGCGCAACACUCUCUUGAUUCAUUGCAUAAAAUUUUUUCAUGUGAAAGAUGUUUUUCAUCUCAAGAAAGCAACUUAAUUGUGCCUCAAGUCAAGUCAAGACAUUUUAAAGUGCA